CAUCGUUUCUUGACAGAUUGUAGGCUCCAGUCUUCUUUUUGCUUCAUGGUUUUUGGCACUCAAAAUGUUUGUUGGGCUGUUUUAAUAAUGAUGUCAAUGUCAAAGUUAUUACCUAGGUACCUACCUACACCUACCUAGGUACAAAGGCAGGCGGGCGAUUUCUAUUCUCUGGAGGCUGGCUGGCGAUCACAGAGUAUAUUUUAUAUCUGGCGACUUGAGAGCUUAGCUUUGAGUUCACCGCAAGAGUGAUUUAUUGAGACACAGCAAGAUUGGUUAGGGUUCGUUAUUAGAAGAAUUAUAUAGUCACUGAUAAUGCCCGGACUGGAACCUUCACUUAGCGAUGAAGACUAUAUCAUAGCAAGAGCAAAACAACAAAGUAAUAUAUAUUCUGCAAAGGCAUGGAUGCUCACGGCAAAGACAUUGUUCCCUACUAAUUUUAAAAUACAAUUUGAAGCAUAUUUGAUGGAAAAGCAGUCUGGCAAUGUUCAGGAAGCAGCAGAAUGUUUUAGCUCACUGAUAAUGUCUAGACAAAAUCUAACCGAUUUGUUGCCAGAAAUAACUGCUAUUGCAAAUUCAUUGAAAUCCACAGAAAUGAGUUUUUUAAGUCAGAUGUUUGACAACAUUUGCCCUGAAAUUCAAUUAACUAUUCUCAAAACUAGUGUUGAAAAUAGUGAUGAUACCAUGGAGCACUGCCGAUUGCUAGUGUUAUUAUUGAAAAAAUUCCCACAAUUAGGAGUAGACAGUCUUGUGAAAACUCUAAUAAAUGCUGAAAAGUUUUUUUAUGAUAAUAGAUAUGCUCGGCUAUUAGUUGUAGAAACUUUACCAUUACUGAGUUCCUUAGAGUCACCUAGACUGCUCCAACGCUUAUUGGUAAAGGCAAUUGAUUUCUACAAUUCUUAUGUCUAUGAUGACAAUGAACAUGAUAUAACAGAUCCAUGGCAAAGACUUUAUGGGGUUUUAGAUUUGCUAGGACGGCAGCUUGGAUGGGAUCCAUUUCUCAUUAGUUACAACAACAGUUUAAAUAAAGAAACAUAUUUCCAAAAACUAGUUUCACUGAGGAACUGUGAGGAUUGUCGUCAAUUAUUGUAUUGUGGUAUUUCAUUCUUCCUAAGAUGCCUUUAUGAGCAUAGAUCACUGAAAGGUCAUAAUAUUCUUGUUGAAGCUUUGACGGACCCUGAUGCACCACCUUCGAAAAGAAAAAAGGGAGAUCUAGAAGUGACAGGAACAUCAGCUCAUCAAUUUCAAGCUGCUGCCAACUGCUGGGAACUUCUACACAGUGAUGAUGUAAUUGCAAGAGAAUUUACAAAAUUAGCCAAUCAAUUGCAAGUCAAGCCUUGGUCUGAAGUUUUUGUAGAUGAAUUGGCUCUUUACAGAGGCCUGUAUGAUGAUGCAAAUCCACCUUUAACUUCUAAUAAUGUCACAGCUUGUGUUGUGAGAGUGUCUAUCAACUAUUUCCAAAAGAAAUAUUUACCUUGUAUUGAGAAUAUAUUAGCAGCAUUGCCACAGCUGCCUACUGUGGAAGGUGUAUUGGAAUCUGAAUUAAUUGUGGGAGGAAAACAUAGGCAUUUGCAUUUUCUUCCAAAUACAAAAGUUGCUAUUAUGCAUUAUUUUUGUACUUUACUCAUAAGGAUUUUGUUGAGUACUGGAAAUACUUCUGAUUUGAUUUAUGGUCAUAUAUUGGUAUUGACCCAAUUAGGUUGGCCACAAGAAGAAGCAAUAUUCAUUCAAAUAAUGGAUUUGAUUCGACAGAAGGGUGUUUUCCAUUAUCAUUUAUUUUCAGCAUAUAUUAUUCACAUAGAUAUAUUAGAGGAAUUAACAUAUAUAUGGAAUGAACAAGGUAGUAAUGUUGUUUUGGACAUUUUGCCUAACUCACAACAGCAUUUGGGCCAAAGGAGAAUUGGUACCCGUGGUGCUGAUAAAGGUGUAAAGGAAGAUUUUAAGCAAGCCAUGAAGGCACAAGUUGCAAGAAGUAAUGAUUCGAUUCUUAACUUAAUGAUACAAUUUAUUACAUCAGAGCGAUCUUAUUUUCUUAGUAGCAAGUGAUUACUUGUGUGUAAAUUUGUACUGCAUAAGAAAUAAAAAAUUAAGAAUAUA